CUCGGCGCUGUUCAUAUAUUUCUGAAAACCAUUUCUCAAGAAAAACUCAACCAUUUUCGUGAUCAGAGUGUUCAAGCGGCGAUAAUUUCAUCUCUACAGAAGAUACAGAGAAUUAGGUCGUGAAAAUUUGCAGUUAGGAAAUGUUCUUCAGCGGCGAUCCUUCAACUCGUAAACGAGUUGAUUUAGGUGGACGGAGUACAAAGGAAAGAGACCGACAGAAGCUUCUUGAACAGACUCGGUUGGAACGGAAUCGACGUCUAUCCUUGCGGCAACAGAUCUCAGCUUCAGUCAUAAUUCAGAAAUGCUUUAGAGGACGCAUGACAGUAGCAGCUGAACGGAUAAAGGUGCGAGAAAAUUUCGUUACGGCUUAUGGGGAUUUUGGACAAAAUAUUGACAGGCAUUGCUUUGGACCAGAUUCCGAUUUCCUGCUUCAGUUGCUUUUCUUCUUUAAUCCAAAAAAUGCUGCUGAUAUUUCCAUUCUUGGGCAGACAUGUAGAUUACUUCAGAAAUUUGGCCGUGAAAGUGGAGAUAUUGUGAGUCUCUUUGCGGGUGUUGAUUAUUCCUCCAAGCAUACUACGGUUGACUACAGGGUGAAGAAACUUGCAUAUGCUUGUGUUCAGGCUGUGUAUGAGAAUAGAAAUCAGCUGAUGGAUCCACUGUAUAUGGCAUCUGAUAAAUUCAGUUCAUCUACAUUUCUCAUAUUGGAGGCAGUUAUUAUGCUGAUUGAUUCCAGCCUCCCGUGGACCUGUAAGGCAGUUGGUUAUCUUUUGCAAAAAAAAAUCUAUGUCUUGCUGCGGGAGACUUUACUCACGGGGAAGAAAAUCCUGAAGUUGCAAACCUCCAGCAGAUACUUGUCAUCAAUGGAACAAGUUCUUGCUCAUAUUGUCUCUCACGUUGGUAAAAAAUGGUGUACCUGCACAAAUGUGGAUCCACAUUUUAGUUUUUCGUCCCAAAUUCUCACUAUUCCUUUCUUGUGGAAACAUUUUCCAUACCUAAAAGAGGUACUUUCAAAGCGGGAUUUCAGUCAACACUAUAUUCAUCACAUUGCAUUGUGUAUUCAAAAUCAUACAAGUGUUCUGCCAAACGAUAUAGCAUCUGAGUUCCCUGGUUAUGCUUGCCUACUUGGUAAUAUACUGGAAACAGUUGGAAUUACUUUCUCUCACCCUGAUUCUUCUUUGGACAUGGCUAUAGACUUUGCUGCUGUUGCGACAUAUCUGUUGGAAGCACUUCCACGUUUGCAAUCAUCCAGUGAAGCUAAUAGAGAUAAUUCAACACUUGAUGAGGACGAAAUGAUUGUUGAGGACGAAACUAAUGGAAAACCUCUUAAUAAAGAUUUGGAGAAACAAAUAAUCAAUGCAAUUGAUCCCCGAUUUCUUCUUCAGUUAAUAAAUAUGCUUUUUGGAGGAAUUUCUCAUGCCACUGAUUCUUAUAAAGGCCUUGAUAGUAAAGAGACUGGAGCAAUUGGUGCUGCUUGUGCUUUCCUGCACGUGACAUUCAAUAUCUUACCCCUAGAGCGUAUCAUGACUAUACUAGCUUAUAGGACUGAACUUGUUCCUGUUCUAUGGAACUUCAUGAAAAGAUGCCAUGAGAAUCAAAAAUGGCCACCCAUAACAGGACUCUCAGCAUAUCUACCUGGAGAUUCUCCCGGCUGGCUGCUACCAUUGGCAGUUUUUUGUCCAGUAUAUAAGCACAUGCUUAUGAUAGUGGAUAACGAGGAGUUUUAUGAGCAAGAGAAGCCACUGUCAUUAACAGAUAUAAAGUCAUUGGUUGUUAUCUUACGCCAGGCCUUGUGGCAGCUGCUAUGGGUGAAUCCUAUCGCUCUACCAAACCUUACAAAAUCCACAUCUGAUGUUUUUUCUCUUAAGAAGAAUCCCCUUGAAUUUCUUCAACAUAGAGUUAGCAUUGUUUCUUCGGAACUUUUAUCACAGUUGCAAGAUUGGAAUAAUAGGAAGCAAUUUACAUCUCCCAGUGAUUUUCAUGCAGAUGGUGUCAAUGAGCAUUUUAUGUCUCAGGCCAUGAUAGAAAAUAACAGAGCUUAUGAGAUAUUGAAACAUGCUCCAUUUUUGGUGCCAUUUACAAGCAGAGCCAAAAUAUUCGCUUCACAAUUAGCAGCUGCAAGGCACAGGCAUGGGAGCCUUUUUACAAGACACCGCUUAAGAAUACGACGAGAUCAUAUAUUGGAAGACUCUUUUAAUCAAUUGAAUUCCAUCUCAGAGGAGGAUCUUCGUGGACCGAUCCGUGUCAGCUUUGUAAAUGAAUUCGGAGUUGAGGAGGCUGGUAUUGAUGGUGGCGGGAUUUUUAAAGAUUUCAUGGAGAACAUCACUCGAGCAGCUUUUGAUGUGCAAUAUGGGCUGUUUAAGGAAACAACUGACCACCUCCUAUACCCAAAUCCUGGUUCUGGAUUGAUUCAUGAACAACAUCUUCAGUUUUUCCAUUUUUUAGGGACGGUUCUUGGGAAGGCAAUGUUUGAAGGUAUUCUUGUUGAUAUUCCAUUUGCUACAUUUUUCUUGAGCAAGUUGAAGCAAAAGUUCAACUAUUUGAAUGACUUGCCAUCCUUGGAUCCUGAACUAUAUCGUCAUCUCAUAUUCCUGAAGCAUUAUGAAGGAGAUGUCGCAGAUUUGGAACUCUAUUUUGUUGUUGUGAACAAUGAAUAUGGAGAGCAAUCGGAGGAGGAAUUGCUUCCAGGUGGAAAAAAUACGCGUGUUACGAAUGAGAACGUGAUAACAUUCAUUCAUCUUGUAUCCAAUCACCGUCUUAAUUUCCAGAUCCGUCAACAAAGUUCACAUUUCUUAAGAGGAUUUCAGCAGCUUAUACAAAAGGAUUGGAUUGAUAUGUUUAUUGAGCAUGAGCUACAGCUUUUGAUAUCUGGAACAGUUGAUGGAUUUGACAUCGAUGAUCUCCGAAGUAACACUAACUAUACGGGUGGCUAUAAUCAUGAUCACUAUGUCAUUGAUACGUUCUGGGAAGUCCUGAAGCACUUUUCCAGGGAAAAUCAGAUGAAAUUCUUAAAAUUUGUAACUGGCUGCUCAAGAGGACCUCUGCUUGGAUUUAAAUUCUUGGAGCCUUUGUUCUGUAUUCAGAGGGCUGGUGGCGAUACUUCUGAUGAAUUUAUUGACCGGUUACCAACAUCAGCAACUUGUAUGAAUUUACUAAAGCUUCCUCCAUAUAGAAGCAAAGAGCAAAUGGAGAAGAAGUUGUUGUAUGCUAUCAAUGCAGAGGCUGGAUUCGACUUGAGCUGACAUGUCUUCUUUUUGUUUUUCCUCAUAAAUCGAAUGUCUGUCUGUCUGUUUUGAACUCAUCUGGCUGAACGGAAAUGCAAAACAACGACACAAACUAGUUGUUUGGUUGAUUCUGAAUCCGAUACAUGGGGGAGUUAAAAAGGGCAGAAAGAAUUUUAUCAAAGCUCUCGAAGAGGGAAUACAAUUAAUUCCAUAUAUAAUUAUUUUAAAGCAUAUAUAAUGUUAUCUUUUGUGUACAUAUUAUGAUUUGUAAUUGAUUUUUUUAGUACUGUAUAAUAAUGUAACCUUUGUUCUUGUUUUUGGGUAAAGUUAAAUAUUCUUACAAUGUGCAUUUGAAUUGUAUACAAAUGUUUUGCUUUGCUCAA